CCGUGGCCGUUUCGCAUAAUCCUCGUUCGCGGAGGAGGACAAAGAACCCCUCGUUCAAGCUGUAUUGUAAGCGCGAGAUGUUGACCUGCAUCAAUCUGAUUGUAAUUACGCUGAUACAUAUCGCCGCGACACGUCCGAAUUUCUUGUUGAUCAUUGUCGACGAUCUAAGGACCGCCUUGGGAUGUUACGGUGAUAUUAAUGCAUAUACGCCGAAUAUAGAUGCCUUGGCCGAGAAUAGUAUCGUUUUUACCGAGGCAUUCGCGCAGCAAGCUUUGUGCGCGCCUAGCAGAAAUUCAUUCCUGACGAGUAAAAGACCGGAUACUCUUCGGCUUUAUGAUUUUUACAGUUAUUGGCGUGAAAAAGUUGGUAAUUAUACCACGUUACCGGAGCAUUUGAAAAACAAUGGAUACACUACAAUGUCCAUAGGAAAAGUGUUUCAUCCAGGUAUAAGUUCUAAUGGAUCAGACGACAGUCCUUAUUCGUGGACCGAGAAGCCUUUUCACCCAUAUACAGAUCGGUACAAAAAUGCUCCCGUGUGUAAGAGAAGCCCGCAAUCGGAAGCAGCGACGAAUAUUGUAUGUCCGGUACGUGUAUCAGCCAUGCCAAAUAAAACAUUACCCGAUAUCGAGACAUUACGCGAAGCGAGGAAAUUCAUACAUGAGCAUAGAGGAGAUAACGAUCCCUUCUUUCUUGCUGUCGGUUUUCAAAAGCCUCACAUACCGUUGAAGUAUCCCGAACGCUAUCUAAAAUAUCAUCCUAUAUGGAAGUUCAAAAUGUCCGAGCCAUACCUAUGGCCGGAUAAUGUAAACAACGUUGCUUAUAAUCCCUGGACCGAUCUACGAUGGAGGAAGGACGUGGCGAAAUUGAGAUUGAAAUUUCCAUGGGAAAGGAUACCAGAGAAAUAUGGGAAACUAAUUAUCCAAUCGUACUAUGCAGCCGUAUCUUAUGUUGACAAUAUGAUCGGCAAGCUUAUACACCAACUACAUGUCUCGAGGAUUCGAGAAAAUACUAUUGUAAUAUUAACAUCCGAUCACGGUUGGGCACUUGGAGAGCACGCUAUUUGGUCUAAAUAUAGUAACUUCGAUGUUGCUGUACACGUACCUCUGAUAAUAUCGAUUCCGACAGUCACGUUUGAUACUGAUGAUAAUUACGCUAGAUCUAUGCAUGAUGAAAGAUAUAAUAUAACGCACAUUACAAAUUAUGAUGAAAUGAGAGAUAAAACAGAUUCGGAGUACAUGAUACCUGAUGAAAGAGAAAUCGGCAUUUGGAAUAGUACAAAAUAUAAUACAAGAGGGUAUAAAAGAAUGAUUUUGGAGACAUACAUUCGACAAAGAUAUAAGAAAUCUGUGGAAAGCAGCACGUUAUAUAUUUCUAAAAAGCUGAAGAGAAACUAUUGUCGAGUUACGAACGCUGUCGUAGAGCUCGUAGAUAUAUUUCCGACGAUCGCGGAUCUGGCGGGUGUUCCCGUGCCAAUAUGUCAAAAUGUCGAAGAAAAUCAUCGAAUGCGCUCGAAAACUAUUUCCAUUUCUCGAAAGGAAGCGUCCGAUCCUUGUAGCGAGGGUAUUACGCUCCUACCACUCGUAGAAAGUACGUUAAGAUGUCAGAAUGUAUCUUGGAAAAGAGCGGCCUUCAGUCAAUAUCCGAGACCAGGAAUACAGCCUACGCUUCGUCCCAACAGUGAUAAACCCCGUUUGAAGGAGAUAACUACAAUGGGUUAUACUUUGAAGACCAGCGAUUAUCGUUAUACAGCGUGGAUACCAUUUGCGCAUGAAACAUGCAAACCAGAUUGGGACAUUAUUAUCGCAGAGGAAUUAUACGAUCACAGAACUGAUCGGGCGGAAGAUUUUAAUAUAGCAACCUCGCUGAAAAUGUUUAACACGAAGAAAUAUCUUAGAUCGUUGUUAAAAAAUGGAUGGAGAGACAAAAGGUAA